AUGUCCAACGACAAGUACCAAGCUGGAGAGACUUACAAAGAUGCCACUAAGGCGCCUGCCUACUCUCUCGACGAUCCCUUGCCCAUUGCCCAGGACCUCGUCAAGGAGCUGGCUGGUGUGUUGGGCCAGGUGUCUGUGAAAGAUGUGCUUGGCAUCCUGGAGUCAUUGACACAGAAGCCUCUUAACGACAAAACAGGAUCAACCGAGGCUCUGAUUGGUGUUCUCACUGCUCUCUCCUCAAAGUCCUACCUGCGAACCUUCCUCACGAACAAGCUCAUCGACACCCUCUGGAACAACCUCCAGCACCCGCCACUGAGCUACGUCGGCGGCGAUGUCAAGUAUGAGGUCUUGAAAGAGUCAGACACAGGCUUCGGCAACGCCGACGUCGUCGACGCGGUCCAGUUUCGGGCCCCUGAUAGCGAUGUCAUAUUGCGCGAGCAGAUUCCAACUGCUCCUGACGGCCUGUACCAGUACCGGAUGCCCGACGGCAGCUACAACAACAUCCUGACCCCGAAUCUGGGGAGGGCGGGCACGCCCUACGCCAAGACGGUCCGCAACCUCAAGAGCCUGCAAGGGGUGAAGCCCGACCCCGGCUUGCUCUUUGACCUCUUGAUGGCCCGCGACGACAAGCACUUCAAGGAGAACCCCGGCGGCAUCUCGUCCAUGUUCUUCUACCACGCCGCCAUCAUCAUCCACGACGUGUUCCGCACGAGCCGCACGGACCAGAACAAAUCCGACACGUCGUCGUAUCUCGACCUCGCUCCUCUCUAUGGCUCCUCGCUCAGCGACCAGCUGGAGAUUCGCACCAUGAAAGGGGGCCUGCUGAAACCCGACACAUUCCACGAGAAACGCCUGCUCGGCCAACCAGACGGUGUAAGCGUCAUGCUGGUCCUAUACAGCCGCUUCCACAACUACGUGGCCGACAUUCUGCUCAAGAUCAACGAAAAUGGACGGUUCACACUGUCGUGCGCGCCCGACGCCGGCCCAGAGGAGCUGGCGAGGGCCGUGGCCAAGCAGGACUACGACCUCUUCAACACGGCGCGCCUGGUCGUGGGCGGGCUGUACAUCAACAUCUGCCUGCACGACUACCUCCGCGCCAUCACCAACACGCACCACUCUGCGAGCGACUGGACCCUAGAUCCUCGCGUCGAGAUGGAGCAGAAGACCGUCUUCGACGGCGAGGGCACGCCGCGCGGCGUUGGCAAUCAGGUCAGCGUCGAGUUCAACCUACUCUACAGGUUCCACUCGUGCAUCUCCAAGAAGGACGAGCGUUGGAUCAACAACUUCUUCCUGCAGCUGUUCCCGGGCCGCAACGUCGAUGAGCUGCAGGAUGUCAGCUGGGUCGAGCUGGGCCAGGCUCUACUCGAGUUUGAACAGAGAACGCCCAAGGACCCGAGCGUCCGGACCUUUGGCGGCUUGACGCGGGGUGCCGACGGCAAGUUCAAGGAUGACGACCUUGUGCGCAUCCUCAAGGAGGCCAUGGACGACCCGGCCGGAAUCUUUGGUGCCCGCACAAUCCCGAAGGCGCUCAAGAUUGUCGAGGUGCUCGGCAUCAAGCAGGCCCGCGGCUGGCAGGUGGGCUCGCUGAAUGAGUUCCGCGAGUUCUUUGGGCUCAAGCGCCACCAAACCUUCAAGGACAUCAACUCGGACCCCGAGAUUGCCAAUCUGCUCGAGAAGCUGUACACGGACCCCGACAUGGUGGAGCUCUACCCUGGCCUCAUGAUUGAAGACUUCAAGCCUGUCCGCAAUACGGGCUGCGGCAUCAGCCCACCCUACUCGCUUGGCCGUGCCGUGCUUUCCGAUGCCGUCACCCUUGUGCGCUCGGACCGGUUCAACACGAUUGACUAUACCGUCUCCAACCUGACGGCCUGGGGGUACAACGAGGUGCAGCACGACAGCAAGACCCUGGGCGGUUCGAUGCUGUACAAGCUCAUCCAGCGCGGCGUGCCCGGCUGGUUCCCCUUCAACUCGGUCGCCGUCAUGCAGCCCAUGUACACCAAGACGGGCAACGAGAAGAUUGCGCGCGAGAUUGGCACCAUGGGCCAGUACACGCUGGACGGCCCCAGGCCACCCCCAGUGCCAGUCCCCAUCUUCACCAGCGCAGCCAUCAAGGAGGUGCUCGGCAACCCGAAGCAGUACGCCGUGCCCUGGCUGCCGGCCGUCAACAGCCUGUUCCCGGGGGAAAAGGACCUAGGGUGGUUCAUGCUCGCAGGUGACAACGCGGCCAACUACGCGCACCGGGCCAGCAUGGAGAAGGCCAUGAGCAAGAUUCCCGACCUGGCCGGCGCGCUGCGCGACUUCAUGGACCAGGCGGGCUCGCGGUUGAUCGACAGGGAGACGUUUGCGCUCAGCGCGGGGCUGAACCAGCUCGACCUGAUCCGCGACAUCGCCGUCCCGCUCAACGCGCAGCUGCUCGCCGACCUGUUCUACUUCGACAUGCGCACCGACGAGAACCCGGGCGGGUCGCUGAGCGCGACGGAGCUGUACACGCACCUGCUCGACAUCCGCGUGUGGGGCGUCAACAACAACGACCCGGCGCAGGCGUGGAACCGCCGCCGCCGCGCCCAGGAGGGCGCCCAGAUCAUCAUCGACUCGACGCGCAAACUGGUCGACCGAGUCGUGCUCAACCAGGCCACGCUCGGGCUAGGCGGGAUCCUUACGUCGGCCGUGUCAGGGAGCAAUAACAAGAAGGGCUCGCUGCGCUCAUGCGGCGAGAAGCUGGUCAAGGAGCUGCUGGCCCAGGGGAACUCGCCCGAGCGCGUGGUCGACGCCCUGUGGCUAACGGCUUUUGGCGGAAUCGGCGUGCCCGUCACGGCGUUCUACGAGGUGAUGGAAUUCUUCCUCCGUCCCGAAAAUGGAGCCAUCUGGGCGGAGGUCCAGGACAUGGCCAAGAAGAACGACAGUGCUUCUCUUCAUGCUUAUGUCGCCGAGGCGCAGCGCCUCACGAGCUCGCAGCGGAACAUGCGCAUCGCCACGCAGCCAGCCACCCUGGAGGGCAAGUCGAUCCAGCCCGGCAACCUGGUUGUCCUGAUGAUCGCCGCGGCGGCACGCAACCCGUCCGAAGUCGCCGACGCGACCAAAUUUGAUCCCAAGCGCGUGUCAGAUUCCGUGACUGCAUUCAGCUACGGCAAACACCAGUGCUUCGGGAGGAACCCGGCCACGGCAUUCCUGGACGGGCUCGUCAAGUUGGCUGCCGGCCUCAAGAACCUGCGUCCUGCCCCAGGCGAGAUGGGACGGGUCAAGACCAUCCAGCUCGGCUCCGAGAAGGCCUAUCUCAACGACAGCUGGUCGUACCUGGGCUUCGACGCCAGCUCUUGGAAGGUCCACUUUGAUGGCCACGGGCAGGGCACCUUUACCGGCGACAGGGAGCCGACGGCGCUUCUGGACCUGCAGCAGUAUUAUGGCCGGAUUCAGAAGCGCGCUGCUGAGAUUCUCAAGGGAGGGGAGAAGUAG